AAUGCUGAAAAACAGCAGCAAGCCGCGAGACGAGGGUCCGGCAGCAAAAGGAUUCCAGCACAUCAUCCCCCCGAGACCCGAGACCCCCAAACUGCUGAGGGCCGCCAUGGCCGCCACCGAGAAGAUGGGAUUCAAAGGGUUCUCCAGAUUGAAACGCCGACUUAAAGUAAAGACAACCGUGGAGCCGAUCAGAACAAGUCCCGCCCCCCCGGGGUCACCGGUCCACCGCAGAUCUCCAGUGCCCACCAGGAAACCCGAAGACCACGAGCAAACGGAGAUCGUGGCGGAGUCCACAGACAGCACAGUCUUCAUACGGGUCAGCCCCUCCCCCCGAGGAGACGAGCAGAUCCUAUCAGUGGAAGUCACCGCCCCCGAGGAGCACGAGGAGGAGGAGGGGAAGAAAUGAACAACAUUCCACCACAAACUCCGCCCACAAUGGAAC